GUUUGCAAUCAAAACAUUUGAAAUGUUCAUCAAAAUUACAACAGUUUUGUCAAUAUUGACAAUUUCUUGCGGACAGUCAUCGGAACUACAGCAGACUUCGAAGCAAGCUAUAUCAACACAGAGUUUCGUUCGCCAAGAUGUCCCACUCUCUUAUAAAUAUAGUGCAAUCCAUACUUAUACGACAAAGAAACCGGAACAGAUACAGGAAACAGGACAGUAUCAUUCUGGAAUUAAUUAUCAAGGUAUACAAUACGCACCGCUUUCACACGCAAAACCCAAAGGACAAGUUCAGAAAUUGUAUACAAAAGUUACAGAACCGUUUAGCCAAUAUACUGUAAAUAAUGAAUACACAAGUGAAACUACAAUAAAGAAGGAUCACUUAGAACCGAAACCAGUUGUGAAGAAUCUCGCAGUGCAAUUACCAUUCCAUUUUCCCUAUAUUCCUGGCCAUAAUAUAGAAGUGUUGCAAUCCAUUAAUCGAAGUCCAGGACACAAUGCUGUAUAUAGAAGUUACCCAGAAGAUAUUACUACCAAAGAUGAAAAUACAAAGAUCAACUAUGAAAGAGCGUUCACGUUAUACAAGAAACCAGAAAAUCAACUUCAGAUUUCUUCAGAGAAUUCCAAUGGUCUAGAUAAAACACGCAUCGUAGUACCUGAACAAAAUCAUAAACAAUAUUCAAAUAUAUAUAAAAUCGGACAUAUACCAUCAAGGGACAAAUUAACAAAUGAAAAUCGAUAUGUUGAACAUCUACAAUUUCCAAAAAUGCAUAAAUUCAUAUUAAACGUGGGUCGAGCAUACAACAUUGCUCGCCAUAAUUUCAAGGCGCCUGUCAAGAAUGAAGUCUAUUCUAAGACGCCUACUCAUACCCAAGCUAUUAUUAGAAAAGAUUCUUCGUUACUAGAAGCACCGUCAAAUAAAAUUACCUAUUUAUUUCCACUUUCACAAAAUAAAAAGUCAUUUUCUACCCACCUUUCGCCUUAA